AUGCCACCAGGAGGCGCCAGUAGGAUCCAGCUAGCUUUUCCCGGACAGAAAGAGGCCACGAGCCAGCACCUGUUUACUAAUGCAUAUGGGAGCUCCAUGUCAUUUCAGAGAAAUGUCGGCAGUGAAAAAGCAGGACGUGAAACACCACCAAAAACUAGAUACCCGGGUGAGAAUGCAAGCGAUGAUGAAGAAGAGGGCGAGGAAAAUGUAAAACAAGAAGAAAGUUCUUGUGAGGAAAUCCUGAAAAAUAGACUGAAGGAAAUUGCAAAAGAAAAUGAAAAAAUUGGUGCACUGUUGGAUGAUAUGAGACGUUCCGAGAAGUCUGCAACAGAACCAGAAACUUAUAUAUAUUCCGAUCCAGAAUUCAGUGACUUUUACAAUAACAAAAAAGAAGAAUGUCUCACAGUUGGACAAAUUUGGGCUGUUUAUGAUGUGUUGGAUGGCAUGCCUAGCUUUUAUGCUCUGACUAAGAAGGUCCUCUCUCCAGGUUUCAAGCUGCAGAUAACUUGGUUAGAGCCAAUCCCGGAUAAUAAGAAUUAA